AUGCUCGGACUAACAGGUAGAAGGACUGCCCUUGCGCGGUCGAAAUGCCUCCUCUCCACCUCUCUCCCCGCCCGUAGUCUCGCGCCCAGUACUCGGAACUUUCACUCAACGCCAGCAAACGCCACGCGCCCGACAUGGAUGCCAAUGCGAGUCAAGACACCAUGGAUAGACGCCUUGACAGCGAGUCGCGAGGCAAAGAAAGCUGUACAAAGAGGUGAGCCCACAGAACUAACUGGGCCGCCGGACCUGACGCCGAAAAAGAUGUCCGACAGCUACUACAGCGCUGUAUUGUCAUUGGCGCAGGAUAAGUGGCUUUGCGAUGAAUACCUCAACUCCUCCGGGCAUAUCCGACUCGGCUCUUUGCUCAUGGAUCUUGAUGCCAUGGCUGGUAUCAUUGCUUUGCGCCAUUCCGGCGAUCAAGUCACCAAUGUCACCGCUGCUGUCGACCGGAUUACCAUCGAAAAUCCAUUGAUGGAGAUCUGCGAUCUCGAGCUCAGUGGCCAAGUCACUUAUGCGACUGGUCGAUCUAGUAUGGAGGUAUCGCUCCAGAUUGCGAAAGCGCGGCCGGAAGGAGAGCCGACUAAACCCGAGGAUGUUCUGAUCACUUGUGCCAUCACUAUGGUCUCGCUGGACCCAAUUACGAAGCACCCCGCUGCCAUAGCCCCCCUCAUAGUGGAGACAGCUGAAGAGAAGCGACUGUUCAAGAAGGGAGAGGACAACUAUAACGCCAAGAAGGCACUGCGAAAACGGAGUCUUCUUCUACAAGCUCCUGACGACGAGGAGAGCAGCCUGAUCCACUCGAUGUGGCAGACGGAGAAGCUUUACCACGACCCUAACGUCACAGACAUGGUUCGCCCCCGAACACAGCGCUACACGAGAACCACAGCACUAGAAUCCACAAUGAUAAUGCAGCCCCAAUACCGCAAUCGCCAUAACUUCAUGAUAUUUGGUGGUUUCCUCCUAAAACAAUCCUUCGAGCUAGCCUUCUGCUGCGCAGCCAAUUUCUCCCAAACAAGGCCCAACUUCCUCGCUCUCGACCCUAGUACCUUUGAAAACCCCGUACCAGUCGGCAGCGUGCUGUACCUGCGUGCCACAAUCGUGUUCACAGAGCCUGAAGAGCGCGAUGAUGAUGGUGACGGCGAGAGCACUAGAUACACAAAGGUGCAGGUGCGUGUCGACACGAGAGUCAAGGAUGUUGAGCAUGAACAUCUUAAGCCAGCUGGCUGUUUCAACUACACUUUCUUGGUUGAGGGCGAUUUCACUAUCAUGCCGAAGAGUUAUACUGAGUUCAUGUUGUGGGUUGAGUCGAGACGGAGGGCGAAUAAUGCUACUGCUAUUGACCCUUUGCAUAAGACUAGGGCGCUGAGGGCUAUCAAGGAUAGUGUUACGGAGUAG